AUGGCCUCGUCUCACGGGAGAAGCGACCUGCGCUUCGCAGACUGGAUGGCAAGUUUACCGCAGAGCAUGCACACCGUCCCGCUUGCCAACAUGGCUAUCCCCGGUUCUCACGACUCCUUCAGUUUCUACAUUGAUGAGGCAUCCCCAGUGGGUCCCGAACAGCCAGAGACAGUGCAGAACUUUGUGUCUGUUUUCGGUACGGUAGCCAAGAAGCUAAUGAGAAAGUGGUUGGCCACGCAGACUAUGAACUUCACUAGCCAGUUGGAGGCUGGGAUCCGUUUCUUUGACCUGCGCAUCUCCACCAAGCCCCGUGACCCCGACAACGAGCUGUACUUCGCCCACGGGCUCUUCAGUGCCACGGUCCGCGAGGGUUUAGAGCAGAUCAGCAGCUUCCUAUCAGCACAUGCCAAAGAAGUCAUUUUCCUGGAUUUCAACCACUUCUAUGGUGUACAGAACCUGCACCACGAAAAGCUGGUGGCCAUGCUGAAAGAAGUGUUUGGAGAAAAACUCUGCCCAGUGGUUUUUGCUCAAGAGGUGACUCUGAAGUAUCUUUGGGAGAAGGAGUACCAGGUGCUUGUCUUCUACCACCACCCCAUGGCCCUGGAGGUACCCUUCCUGUGGCCUGGCCAGAUGAUGCCUGCUCCGUGGGCCAACACCACCGACCCAGAGAAGCUCGUUCAGUUUCUCCAGGCAUCUGUAACUGACCGCAGGAGGAAGGGGACGUUCUUCGUCUCCCAGGUGGUUCUAACACCAAAGGCAAGUACUGUGAUGAAGGGCAUGGCCAGCGGACUGAGGGAGACGAUAACGGAAAGGGCGUUACCAGGCAUGAUGCAGUGGAUCAGAUCUCAAAGACCCGGCGAGAAUGGCAUCAACAUUAUUACAGCUGAUUUUGUUGAGCUCGGUGAAUUCAUCAGUGCUGUCAUCAGCCUCAACUAUCAUCACCUGAAUGAAGACGAAGAUGAUGAUGCAACCUGAGAGCCCACGUUGGGACAACAGAGAGCGCAGUUGCCACCACCGGAUAACGGUUGUUCUGGGCUCUGCUCUCUAUCUACACUCUUUGGCAUUUAUUUCAGGAGGGAAGCAAUGUUGCGGCUCCUUUCUCUUUAUUUAGGGCUAUAGUGGACUGAGAGAUCAGGGAGGAUGGAAAAGAGACCAAGAUUAGGCUGGUGAAAAAAUACACUGAUGUUUGGUUGGAGCACCAUGAGAAUGAGGUUGAUUUCCUAUUUUUGGGAUCAAGACGUUUUUUAUUUCCAGAUUUAGUGGUGAUUUAAGUUACUCCGUUGGCUGUAAAAAUAUCUGCUUUUCCCACAAAUAUGCCAUUUUCAGGCUCGCAUCUCCGUCUAACACAAGUUUUCAGAGCAUAAUUACCUUCAACUGACUUUACUUUUACAUCCGUCUUGAUAUUCUAGUGAUAAUAAUAGUUUUGCCAGAGGGUGUUUUAAAUAAAUAUAUGUAACUGAAAUCGUUGGCUCGUAAAUUGUAGCUAGCUCUUGUAUGUCCCGUUUGAAAAAUCAGUCCAAGUGCAGUUUUUUUUAUUUUAUUUUUCAGACAAUAUGCAUCCUUUCAUAUCACUGCAGGUGUUUUUCAAACACUCCUCCUGAAGUUUGGCUGAAGAGUGUCAUAAAAAUGUGGUGUUCCAGUGUGUUUAUUUAUUACACUGACAAGAACGAAAUCAUUUCCAUAUUUGUCCUCCAGCAGUAAUCUUUCAUUGAGGUUUUUUACUCAGUAGUGAAAUGCACUGUAGUUGGAAUUACAGCCAAGACAUUUAUCAGGCAGUCCUAUAGGCAGCUGUGGAUUGAUUGAUUAAAACUGUGGAUUCGCUCAUUUAUAACCACACAGGAAGAGAGAGCCAGAGUGCAGCUUGGCUAACUGGGGAAUAAUAUUUAUGCUGUUGGUGCAGAUAUAUUCUCUCCAUCUGCAUUUGACAAUAAUUUUCCCAUUUUCAUAACAAGCUUCUACUUGCUCUGUUAGAAAUGCACUUAGAUGCACUUAUUCCCUCAUUUCUAAUGGUUAAACAUCCAACUGUUUGUUCUACUACAUGGUGGAUUCUAAGUUGCGAUAGCCAAGUGUAAAUUAUUAUAUUUUGGUACAUGAGUGUACCCACAGUCUGCCUUUUUUUGCGACUAACUUGACCCUUGUAUGUUUGUUUGUGCUUCUUUCUAUACUGCAGCACGUAUGAGUCAUUGUGAGAUCUUCUCCUUCAUAAUAACAGGUGAUAACACUUCUUAGCAGUCACUUAGCAACAUAAUUCAAGUCAAAAAAAUAUAAGCAUGAUAGAUUAAGCAGUCCAAAUGUGGCCACCGUGCGGUACAAUGAGUUUAAUUGACUGAAUUUUGUGUCACAGUUUGAGGCUAACCUAUGGUUAAUAAAAAAUGGUAGUUGUGAAGCUCAGUAAAAUACAUUACACCUUCCCAGGAUUACAUUCACUCACCAAUAAUAUUCCAAACAUCAAUAUGCAUAUAUCCCUUGACAAUGAUGUUUUGUUCCAGCUGUAGUUUCUGCAGUUCAGCCUUAAUAUGCUUCUCCAGCAAGCAUUUACUCUGUUAAAAGGAUAGUACAGAUUUUUUAAGUUACUCUAAGUAAAUUUAUCAUCAGUAAUAGUACUCUAUGUAGGAAAAUACUAUACUGCAGUGAGCUUGUUAAAAAAAUUAUAAAAUUCGCAGUGUGAUGGCAGCUGACAGCUAGAUAGACAGACCCCUCUUUUAGUCAUUUUAGCAAUUUAAAAUGACUGAAACUGAAACAGUGGAUAUCCAUAGGACUCAGUGCUACAUUACCGUAUAUUAGCAGUCUACUGUAUUGCAAGCCAAAGUUGUGAAGUUUGUAGAUGUUUUGUCUGCUAAAUAAUUGCAGCUGCUGGCUGCAUCUGCUGCCUCAAAGUCUGAACCAUGUCUUUAAGAAAGUUACUCUAAAGUUCUGACAACACAUCACUUAAAACUCACUAAAAACAUCUGCCACAUAUAGCUACAUUUGUAAAAAAAAAACCAAAAACUGACAUCUUGAUCCUGCUGACAAUUUGAAGAUGAGUUUAUGGAAGUGCUUGGCUAAUUUUAGCUUAUUUUUUCUAUUUUAACAUUUCUUGUUGAUAAUUUACUUAACGUAUUUCAGAGUGGUUUCAGUUAACCUCAGGCAAAAACAAAAAAAAGCUACAGAAAACAUUUUUCUAAUCCUUUUGAUUUAAAUUCCAUACACUAGAGUUGCUUCACAAUCCUUAAUUGUCUAAGCUGACAACUGUUUGGGAAUGUUUGAGACGAGAUGCACAUUACAUAUGCAAGUCAAUUUGGUGUGUCAUUCAGUGCGGUAAAAUCUGACAUAAAAAGUUCUUCCCCUGUUUUAAUAACUUUAAAUUACAAAUGAAGAGAAGGACAAAUUCACAGAAUGUCACGUUUACUAUGAGCACCAGGGUAAAGGGUAAAAAACAUUCACCUUGUUGAAAACCCAGGUUUUCAAGAUCAACAUAUUAAUAUCCAUAGCACACAGUAUUGCAUUGUAAUAACAUACUUGAAGAUAGAUCAUAGUUUUUCAAAAUUGACUGUGCAAAACUAAUUUGCAAUGAGUAGCCUAACCACAGGUGUAAUGGUUGGGUUGGGACGUCCCUACAGCUAUAACAUCUCCAGGGUUUUACACAAUAUGCAGGAAAAGAAUCAUAUGAAACUAAUAAUUAUCAUGGCAUCGUUACAUUCUUCUGGUAAAGGAUGUAAGGAUGUUCUGAUAAUGUUUGGUAUUUAAAAAAUGUUACUCAGCUGAAUUGCUGAAUGUAUGUUUUGUGAGUAAAUGUAUUAUUUCUUAAGAAGUCUCAUCUGAGUGACAGUUUCAGCCUAACAUGUUUGUAGUAUCUGCUCCAAUACUUUCACUUCUGUGUGGUUCUGAGUUAUGUCAAACACUUUAUAUUGUGGAAGGUUUCUACAUUCUGUAACUGCAGAAAAUGUGCAAAUUACUAAAGCAUUCUCCUAUAACUGGUAUCAUAACUGAGCUGUUGUUUAUUUUCAAAUCUCUUUCGUACUUCACUUUGUGCAUGAAUGAAAAGCUUUUAGAAUUCAUCCGGUUUCUUUCCAUCUACAUCGAUUUUUACACUAUUACCCUGAAGAGCAUGUGUUCAUUUUAACUGUAAAUGUUUCUGUCCUUUAAGGUGAAAAUCUAUCAAUUGUUACUUAUUGCACUGCCAAAACCCCACUGAAGAGAAGGUUGUAGAUUGUGUUGUAAGGACAUUUGUGUUUUCCCCUGGUCCGAACUGUUGUCAUUGCACUUGUUUUUCGAUGUGAAAAGAGUCCUUUGCUGUUGUAAAAAUCCAAACAAUAUUGCUCAAAUUAAAGUGACUCUGUUCUAUGUGGAAAAUGGCCAAUCAAAUAAAGCUUCUAUGCCUUUGG